AUGUAUCGACAGAAGAUUCUUGCUAUCUUUGUUUUAUUCAUUGUUUCAAUAGCUGCAUAUCCUGCUAAAAAUGAAAAAAUAUGUUCACAAAAUUUCAUGAUAAAUGGAACGAAUUUAGUUACAAACUAUCGUAAACAAGUACUUGUUAUAGGUGUAACUCAUCUUGGUUGUCAAGCUUGUCGAAAUCAAGCCAUUAAAUAUAAUGAUCUAUAUCGUGAUCUUGAAUAUCAUAAUAUACGUGAACCAGAUGUACGUCUUAUUCUUGUUAAUGAACAACAUGGUGCACAGUAUUUACCUGGUAUUUAUUAUGGUCUUCAUGGACAUAGAUUAAAUAAUCUUAUAUUUGGAAGGUUUGAAAGUUUUAUUUUUAU